GUGAGACACGCUCUUUGAGACUGCGCUCCCAGACGCAAGCUCUGAGCACCGUGGCAGCAUCAACUGGCACAACCAUCCUAUAUGUUGUACUGCCGUAUACAUUUAUCUUCAAUCCGAAUGCGGGCGACCUUGGCAGGGAGACUGGUUACGUGCACUCUGAACUGUGCAUACUGGGUGCGUCAGGCACGUGGCUUCGGAUGCCCGAGUGAUAUAAGAAUCCGGCUAAUAUUGACCAGACGUGAGCUGGCAUAUGACGUGGGACGAUCGAGUUGCGUUGCAGAACAAAUUGGCGAGAUAGGCUGGCGCACACAACAUGAAGGGGGCAUGAACUUUGUUUUGACAGCUUGAAAGUUCAUGUUCCCUGGGAGUGGAGCAGCCCGCGCUAUGGUGGCCUUUCUUCUUCCCAUGAUACG